GAGUUACUCGUCAAUAUGCUGUGCCAGCUGAAGGAGGAGGGCAUGAUUCUGAAGACACUCGGGAUGAACUAUACCUGCCCUGUUUCCCAGCUGGAGUUCCAGCUUGUGUCGGUGCGCAAAUGUACCAGCUGUGGGCGCGAGUCGUCUACCAGAGAGGACUACAACCACCUCUCAUUGGACAUCAGCCCUGAGCGCACCUUGCUGAACAGCCUAGCACUCACUUUCAAAAGUGAACAGGUUGAAUUCACAUGUGAGGGCUGUAAAGGCCUCCACGCCUCAAAGGUGGAGCAGUUCCACACACUGCCUCUUGUGCUGGUUCUGCAUCUGAAGAGGUUUGGAGGACCUGGGGGGUUGGAGAAGCUGGAGGCUCCUCUUUUGUUUCCUUCGGAGCUGAGGCUCUCCACCCUCUGUGGGGACAUGGUGCCACACCUGCACAGUGCCAGCCCACAGGCCCUCACCAACCAGGCCCCCAGCAUCCAGGGGUCCAUCCCCCAGACCCUCGCCAGCCAAGUCUCCAGCCCACCUGGAGCGGCAAAAGACAGCGCCCUCUGCUGUUCAGAAGCAGAAGCCAGUACAGUCAGUGAAUGGUUACUACCAGCUGACUGGCGUAGUCUCUCAUUUGGGAGGCUCCGCAAACUCCGGGCAAUAGAGCGGGAGGCCCCAGCACACAGGGCCUAACAGGGCCACCAGCAUCAGCCCCAGCCUAAACAGGGGCAGCACCUGGACCAGCCUCAAAACCCCCAGCCCAG